AUGGCCAAGAACAGACUUGUAAUCUGCAUCCUGAUUAUCACCUUGCUCCUGGAUCACACCACCAGCCACACGUCCAAACUGAAAGCCAGGAAACACAGCAAACGCCGCGUGAAAGAGAAGGAUGGAGACCUGAAGACUCAAGUGGAAAAGCUCUGGAAAGAAGUCAAUGCUUUGAAGGAAAUGCAGGCGCUGCAGACAGUCUGUCUCCGAGGCACAAAAGUGCAAAAGAAAUGCUACCUGGCCUCAGAGGGCUUGAAGCAUUACCAUGAAGCCAAUGAAGACUGUAUCUCCAAGGGAGGUACCCUGGUUAUCCCCAGAAACUCGGAGGAAAUCAAUGCCCUCCGAGACUAUGGUAAGAAGAGCCUGCCAGGCAUCAAUGACUUCUGGUUGGGCAUCAAUGACAUGGUCACCGAAGGCAAGUUUGUCGAUGUCAAUGGAGUUUCCAUCUCCUUCCUGAACUGGGAUCGUGCACAGCCUAGUGGUGGCAAACGGGAAAACUGUGUCCUAUUCUCCCAGUCAGCUCAGGGCAAAUGGAGUGAUGAGGUCUGUCGUAGCAGCAAAAGAUACAUCUGUGAGUUUAUCAUCCCUUAG